AUGUGUUAUGAUGUAGCUCAAUCAGGAAGAGGAGGUAGCAACACGGCACUGAAAGUGAUUAACUCUGCCCCAAGAGCACUUGAUCCCAAUGCCAACAUAGAUGCUGCUAGCAAUGUGGUUGGUGGUGGUACUCCUGUGUAUAUCGAGGAAUCCAACAAAUUGCCCUCAUCUGGGAAUGAACAGAAGUCCAGAGGAUUGAGUAUAGACCUAAACGCUGAAGAUAUUUCUAGCUCAGUCAACCAUGACCCAUUCUAUCUUUAUAAAAACUAUGAAAAUUUAAAAUCUAGGGACGAUUCUGAUUGUGCAAGUUCUGUUGGUCCAAUGGAGGAAAAAGAUCCAAUGAGAGUUUGGAACAAGAUGAAACAAAACAAUUAUCUUUCUACUUCUUAUGCAGCAGUGCCAAUGCCAAAGCCACGUGGGAGGAAGAGUAGAAGUGAAAUGAUUAAGAGAAAGAUAGAGCUUGCAAAGAAAGAACAGGCUGAUAAGUUUGCAAGAAUUGCUGCUCCAAGUGGGUUGCUUAAUGGAUUAAACCCUGGAAUCAUAAACCAUGUGAGAAACAGUAAACAGGUUCACUCUAUUAUAGAAGCCAUGGUGAAGUCUGCAAAAACUGAUGAUCAAGAUGCUGGAAGCAAGCAGGCUAACCAAAGAAAGGGUGGCACAAAAGAAUUUAGUGAAAGAAAGAACCUGGAAAACAUGAACAGUGCAGGAGUGCAUUGUUAUGAACUUAAUCAUGAAGAUAAUUUGUCGGGAAGAUGGAAGAUGAGCGUCUAUCCAUCAUUGAGCAAAUCAGUUUCUUUGAACUCCUAUCUUACCAGAGGAGAUGGUGAGUCAUACAAAGCAGAGACAAGGAUCUCUGGUGGGGUGCCCUCACAGUACAACCCAGAAAAUGAUGAUGGACUUGCACUAAAGCUUUCAUCAUCACUAACUGCCGCAUCAGAGAAUACUUGCUCUUUGUCAAAUGAGGAGUCAGCAAACUUUUCUAGUGUUACUUCACUUUCUUUUAAAGCUGCUAAUGCAGCUUCUCAAUGGUUGGAACUUCUUCAGCAAGAUAUCAAAGGGCGUCUUGCAGCUCUACGACGUAGUAAGAAGAGAGUCCGUGCUGUAGUAUACACAGAAUUACCUCUCCUAGUGUCAAGAGAAUUCACAUCUAACCACGAGAUUGAUAUGCACAUAACAAAAGGUUCUAUUGUUUGGCAUCCUGACAAAGCAACUGCUGAUGCGCACUUUGUUAGAUGGAGCACACUGUUUGGUCAGAUGGAUAAAACACUUUGUGAAGAAGAGAAUCUUCUGGAAAGUUGGCUGAAACAAGUAAAGGAAAUGCAGUUGCAUUGUGAAUGGGGUCUUUACAAAAGCGAUGGGCCCCGUACUUUGCAGCAGACUGGUUCUAUAGGAAAUGCCUGCAGAUUAGGAGAAGCCGAUAACUCAGAGAGGGAUUUAGCCGUUAUGGCUGCUGCUGCUUCCAUUUACUCAACUUGCAACUUCUUUUCGUCACUGGAAAAUCUACCAUGUCCAUAA